AUGCACUUUGAAGGAAGAUGGAAUGACGAAAACCCGUCAGAAAUCAUCUCAGUUUUGGAACAAACUAGUGGAAAAACCUUGUCGGAAAAGGUGAAAAAGUUAGUUUCCAAGUUUACUGAUGUUUUUGUGCAGGACGACAAGGACUUGACGCAGACGCCAGUUUUUACUCAUGAUAUCGAGCUUUUAGAUGAUAGGCCGAUUAGACAAAAGACUAGGCAUAUCCCUUUCGGACUAAGGAAUGAAUUCAGGAAAACCUUAGACGAAAUGUUGAGUAAAGGAGUAGCAGAACCAAGUAGUUCGCCUUACGCGUCUCCAGUUGUCCUAGUCAAGAAAAAGGAUGGUACUAUUAGGGUCUGUAUAGAUUAUAGGGAAAUCAACAAGGUUAUCAAACAGGACUCGUACCCCCUACCUAAAAUGGACUCUAUAGUGCAGGACUUAGGCGGAAAUAGGUUUUUCUCGACUUUGGAUCUUUUAGCCGGCUAUUGGCAGAUCCCACUCACUGAGAAAGCCAAGGAAGUCACGGCUUUUACGACCUCAGAAGGUCUUUUUCAAUUUACGGUCCUCCCGUUCGGUCUAGCCACUUCGCCACCAACUUUUCAGCGAAUGAUGGAAAUAGUGCUUAAAGAUCUGAUCAGGGACGGAGGUGUCCAUUGUUACAUUGACGACGUUUUGGUUGCCUCAAAGACGGAAGAAGAACACCUAGAACUUCUAGAGAAAGUCUUGGACGCUUUUAGAAGAGCAGGACUGAGCCUUAAAGCUAGUAAAUGUAAAAUAAUGCAACAACAGGUGAAAUUCCUAGGCCAAAUCAUUGACAGCAAUGGCGUAAGUACGGACCCAGAAAAGAUCGCAGCCGUAAAAGACUUCCCUCAGCCUAGUAAGCGCGACGAAUUACGCUCGUUUUUAGGACUUUGCUCUUUUUAUAGAAAGUUCAUCUUCAAGUUCGGAACUAUAUGCAAACCGUUGUAUGAAUUGAUAAGCGAGAAAGUAAAAUUUGAAUGGACUACGGAAACGUUAGCCGCUUUCGACCAUAUCAAGCAGGAGUUAAUUAAAGCACCAGUUCUUGCGCAACCGGACAUAGAAGGAGCAAUCAACGGAUCUAAACCUUUUAUCAUCUACACAGACGCUAGUAGGAAAGGUAUAGGAGCAGUUCUGUGCCAAAAAGGUAUUGAUGAGUUCUUGCACCCGAUUUUCUUUUCUUCAAAAGGACUUUCGGCGGCAGAAGUUAGGUACGGAAUAACUGAACUGGAGGCGUUAGGAGUCAUCCACGCGGUUAGAAAGUUCCAUCAGUUCAUUUACGGAAUAGGAGCCACUGUGAGGACUGACCAUCAACCUUUGUUAUGUUUCUUUAAGAGAGGUGAACUCAGUCCCAAAGUCAUGCGCUGGGCGUUAGAUGUGCAGCGUUAUCAAAUCAACCUAGAAUACGUGAAAGGCAAAGCUAACGUAGUCGCGGACGCACUAUCGCGAGGCCCAACGCAGAUCCUGGAAAUUGAUCCGAACGAUCAGGACUAUGUAGUAGCCGCUGUGAAACUUGAACUCGACAGGACUGAGGACGAGCAAUGGUUAGCAGAGCUCAGAGAAGACCAAGAUUGGACCGAAGCCGUAGCAGCCGUAGAACAAGCUAAUGACAGUUUUUCUCUUAAGUUACCAGGAAUAGAGAAAGACCUUACAAUCAAUCACUUGGGAGCGGUUCGCAAGGCUCUACAAGUCAAGGAUAGAAGAGGGCUGAUCGUGACAUCUUUUCCGACGUCGGAGAAUGCGGCCGAAGAGCAGAAGUUGGGGGCCCCACAUGGUUUUUUUGGACUGGCACCUCAACAACCGGCUCGGGAUCAAGCGAGGUCAGCUCAGGAGAUCGAAGGUUUCUUCAAGAAACUAGCCUGUUUCUGCGACGAAAACGCGUUCCCGCGGCUCUCCAUUUCGCUCCACAGGUAA